AUGGCAUUCGAAUUGGACAGAACACCUAUUCGUAUGGUAUACGAUAGUCAUGACUUAUCUCUAUACGCUAUUGGCAUAACCACAGGAUUCGGUAUUCUCCUAUAUGCCAAAUCUAUGAAAGUAACUAUGCUGCGACCAACAGAGGGCAUAUACUUUCUCAACAUGAUUCAAACAAUUGCCAUGAUGAUUCAGCUAUCAGCCACGGGGUUAUUGAUCAUGAGCACACCAGCUGGAUGUUUAUUUGACAACGGUUUACUGUCGCUCACCAUUCAGAUCCGAUCGCUGAGCUCGUUGAUUAUUCAAAGUCUCACCAUCCACAAGAUCCGGUCUAGUUUUAUUGUAAAACUGUUUCUUAGUGCAUCAGUGUUGGCACAAAUAGGUGUUUCUAUUGGAGCCAUGACUAUCAGUGACGGUAGUGACUGUUCUUACUUUGCCAGUUCGUACAGUUUGAUAUGGACACUAUCUCGGUUCAUAAUCCAGAUUGUUCUGGUUGCAUGCAUAUGCAUACUGAUUCAAAUUGGUCAAUACUAUAAUACUUCUGCGGGACAAAGUAAGCGUAGUAUCGCUCGUCGAAUUGGAACAUUCAUUAAAACACUGGACGAUUCCAAUGGAACUGCAUCAGUUGGCAUGCUGCUCAUGUCAUUCGUGAUGCUUUGUGCAGCUCAGCGUACAUCGGUCAAUCCUCUACCGUUUAGAGUUCUUUUCAGUCUUGUUGGCUACCUUGAAACCCAUUUAAUGCAUUGGGCAACAUGCAGGUAUGUACAGCACGGUGUUGAAAAUGCAGAAUUUACGACAAAACGAGGGCUUCCAAUUGAGCAGCUACGUAUCAAUUCCACGGCUAUGGAUGCAAAUGACAUUCUUACACCACGACCGUCAAUUACGACUCCUCAAACAAUUGUUCCAAAUGUUUGA